CAACCCUGAUGUCUUCACACUCAAAAAAACUCCACUGGUGGGCGCCACCACAGCACACUGAUCAACGAUAUGUAUGCGGGAUCUGCAUGUGUUCUAAUCGCAGGAUGCAGCAUAUGUUCUAAUCUCAUCGUCUCCUGAUGGCCAUCCUGGUGUGGACCGUAGCGAUGAUGACUGUUUCGUCUGUUUCGUCUGUUCACGGCGAACGUGAGCACCCUCAUGGUUCACAGUCCACUGCUUCUCUGGUUGAUCUGCCUGCUUGUGCACCCUUGCAGGUCAUCAAGAUCUCUCAGCGUUCGUGUCUCCGCACUCGGCUCUGACUCGCAAGAGCACCUCAGGUAUUUAAGUACUGAAAAUGGGACUGCACAAUCACGACUGUUGGACUGCAUGUCCGUCUGCAUCCGUGACAGGUUUGCGGCCGUCGUUGCUGUACCGUUGCCGGGCCCUUAAGAGACGCACACGCCUCAUCUCUCACCGUGCGGGCAGCUCACUUCGCGUCCUUCACAUGAGUGAGGAUGACGGGGAACAGGACAAGCCCAAUGAGCAUGUGCGCCACUUCUUCCUUCGAUGUGUUUGCGUAUGACUAUGCAGACGCCGGUGUUGGACAAGCCCACCGCUUUCGCGACUUUCCGAUCACAGAAAGCCACAUCAUCUCACUGGACAAGCUCACGGACUCAGGCAGUCAGCGCGACUCUCCACUUGUGCCCACACUCGUCUCAGACUCCCCGUCCGUCCGGACGACAGUCUGCCGUCCAGAGCCUGAUGUCUACGUCGGCCUCAAAAGAGUGCAGCAAAAGGUCGAGAACUAA